UUUUUGGAGUAGAUGCCACACAGAAAUAACAUUUGGACCUCUUCACAGCGGUGUACAAACUGAGUCUUUCACAGGCUUACAGACACAGAGGAGCAGGUCAUCACAGAAAUGAUUUCUCUUCAGAUACUAAGACCAGCUUGUGUGGCAUCAUGGAGACCAGACAGAUGUGUUUCCUGUCUACUUGGACUGAUCAUCUAUCUGGGCUGCGUUGCAUCAUUCAACAUCAGCCCAAUGGCAACAGGCCUGCGCUCUGCCUUUUCCGCCACGCGUAGCAGCAGCGUAUUGGGUGGCACUCAGCGAAUUGUGACCUUUGACCGCCUUCUAGUCAACAUCGGAGAAGACUUCAAUCCAGAGACGGGCACUUUCCGUUGCCGCCAGCCUGGUGCGUACUACUUCUCAUUUACAGUGGGAAAGUUCCCGAAAAAGAUGUUGUCGGUCAUGCUGGUGAAGAACGGGAUGGAGGUGCAAGCCAUGGCAUACGACGGGUACCAGAACCAGGGCCGCAAAGUUCAAAGCCAGAGCGUGAUGAUCAGUCUGAAACCUAUGGACACAGUCUACCUGCUUCUUCAGGAGAAUCCCCACUAUGCCAUCUACAGUAACGUCGGACCGUACAUCACAUUUAGCGGUUAUCUCGUGUAUCCAGACUCUACAUCUUCUGUUGGAUAUCUCAAUAACCACCUAUCUCCUCCAGGCCUCCAUCUUCCAGGUUGUCCUCCCCCUGUAGAUGUCUAUUAUGAUUGGAGAAGAAGAUCGACCAUUGAGGAACCACGUUCUGCAUUUUCGGUGGCAAGAACUAGAUCAGCGCUGGGAGAAAGCAGAGGGCGUCGUGAAAGAGAAGCUCUCACGUUCGAUGUAGAAUAUGUGAACAUUGGUGGCCAUUUUAACAAAACAUCCGGACAUUUUACCUGCCACUUCCCUGGUGCGUACUACUUUGCAUUUACGGUGGGAAAGCACCCUCGUCGUGCGGUUUCAGUGAAGCUAAUGGUGGGUAAAGGCGAGGUGCGGGCCAUGGUGUUCGAUGAGGACAUUUCACGGAGGAGAGAGAUGCAGAGUCAGAGUUUGCUGUUGUCUCUGAAGAGAGGAGACAGUGUCUGGCUGUACAGUCAGCAGGAUGAUGGAUAUGCUGUUUACAGCAACCAGGGAAGAUAUACAACCUUCUCUGGUUUCCUGGUCUACCCUGAUGGAGAAUCCAUGAAUAUAGACAGAACUUUCCCUUGAGAACCUAAGCCAGCUACAGUACUCAUUAAUUCUUAGUUGUACCUUCAACCUUUAGUUUUUGUACUAAAUUUUUUUUGUACCUCACUUAACAUAGAACUAUUGUUAUGUGUUACUAAAUGUAAAUAAAUGUUGUAUAUGUUUUUUUUGUUUGGGGGCUGGGGUAGGGUUGUGGGAGUAAAACUUCAUUAAUGACUUAACAAGCAUUAGGGCUUUUCACACUUGAAAUAGUAAACCCUGGGUAAUUAUAAGUGGAAUCCUCUGUUAUGAAUUAAUCAUGAUUACAUUUAACACUAUAUUAUCUAAACCUUGGGUAAUGUUCUUAUUUGCAUACACUGUAAAAAAAUAUUACACUACAUUUACUCAAUAAAAUUGUGGCAACAGAUUACAAGCAAUGAUAUUAAUUAAAUUCAACAACUAUUGAGAACUGAGUUAAAAUUAAUCAAGCGUUCUCCUCAAAAUGAGUCAUUCAAAAAAAAAAAUUAACAAAGAAUUUUAAUUUUUUUUUUCUUUAAUAUUUUUUUUCUCUUCCAAGCUUUGUAAUGCGGGUGGAUAGUGGCCAUUAUUUUGAAGCUCCGUAAAUUGGAUAUAUUGCGACGUAAAACUGAUAUCACGCAGCGCCUGAAAACAGUCAGAUCCUCUUACGUGCUGCGUGAUAUCACUGCGCCUGGUGCGGCCAUGGUGCGGCAGCAAACGUCCUUGAUUAUUACGCCGUAAGUGGAAUAUAGUUCCUAAUCGUAUCGCCCUAGAAAAUCGCAACUUUUCCUUUUCCGUUGUUCUUAGUAAACGAUAUAACUACAGAACGGUUUUAAAUAGAAAGUAUAUCGAUACUCUUUGGUCAUUUUUGAGGUCUAAUUGAGUAAUAUGCCUUAACUUUGUGAAAUUAACUGAGAAAGAGCAGCGAUUAGCUCUGCCUCGAGCUCAGGACCUGAUUUAAAACGCGUGUUGAACAAAUGCUUGUAUAUUGAACCAAAUUUAACACAGCCCAUUUCCAUCACGUUGAGUUACUUCAAUAUUCUCUCUAUUUGUAACUAUUCCCAAAUAAUAACUAAAUCCUAAACAACAAAAUUGAGUAGGUGUUAUUCCGGUCUUUUGUAAUUAUUUUAAUUAUUUCAAAGUUCACGCAAUAAACUGAAUGAAAUCUGCAAACCCACAGAAUUACUUUUUACAGCGUACUUUCGGUGUCCAUUUUAUUGAUCGGGCGAAUUCAGCAGUGACCUCUUCAUCAAGAUAAAGGUAAGAAUUAAAGUCUCUUCUUCUCUCCAAACACGCAUGAACGUAAUCAUGAACGCGUACCCAUGCUUUCUGAUACUCUCUAAAAUGGUUAG